CUGUUGUUUGUUCGUUCGGAUCUUUAUUUUGGUGAAGCUGCUUCGGAAACUUUUUUUUUCAUAUACUAAAGAAAUCUGCCUUACAGCGCCAAACGCACUUUUGCCCAAAAAUUUGCUCUCACAAAAUUGAGUGCCGAAUGCUGUGACCUAAGGCGCGUAAUAAUCCAAUUAUAGCAAUGGCCGAUGACGCCGACCCGGAUUACGAGAGAUUCCUCCACCUAAUCGGCGUCGGCGGCGACGAGGGUGGCGAUGUUGAACUGGCAGAGGACGUCGGGUUUUUAGAAGAUGAUGCAGAGUACGAGGAAGAAGAAGAGGAAGAAGAGACCGAAGAAGAAGAGGAAGAAGAAGAACAACGAGAAGAAGAAGAUGAAGAAGACGACGAAGAAGAAGAAGAUGAAGAAGUUGGCAAUGAAGAGUCGAGUACUGGAAGGACGACAUUGCGUACGGUUUUGUACGGGAAUCGUAGUGCUGCAACAAUUUCAUCUCAACAGCAGGCGAUUAAUGCCGAGAAUUUUCAUAAUUCCGCUAUGGAAAGUGAAGAUGUUACGAGGAGGACCAAAAGCGGGGGAAAGGCGUCGCAAGAUGUUGAUAAGGAAGAAGGCGAUGGAGGCGAAGUAGAAGGGGAGUGGAAUCGGAGUGAGAUUGAAGGUUUGUUUUGCCCGAUUUGCAUGGAAGCUUGGACCAACGACGGCGACCACCAAAUCUGCUGCCUUCCUUGUGGGCAUAUAUAUGGUUUGUCAUGUAUCAAGAAGUGGUUGCAACAAAAAGGAAGUUUAGGAAAGUGCCCUCAAUGUAAUAAGAAAUGCACAUUGAAGGGUGUCCGAGUGCUUUAUGCUUCUCGUCUUCAUGCUGUUGAUGAAGAGCUUCAAAAGAAAAUCCGGUCUCUUGAAUCUAGAUGUUUUUCUCUUGAAAAAGAGUGCAGUGAUUGGUGUAAGAAAGAAGUAGAGUGGAGGAGGAGAGAAGCUGAGUUGCAUAAGCAAGUGGAGCACCUCAAAGAGAGAAUAACUUGUGUAGAGGGCUCGCAAAGCGAGACGCAGAGCAGGUCAUCUGGACACAUUUUUGGACGCAAUAUUGACUCCAAAUUGGGAAGACGUGAAUAUGCGAAUGCUUUUGUUUUACAGAAAGAAUUUCGGAUUGAUGGUGCUCGCCUAUUUGAUGUGGAUAGCAACGGUGAGAAUUUGAUGAUUGCUAGAAGGAUCGCUGGAAUGGGAGGACAGCAUAUGCUUACGAAAAUCAGCCUAUUACCUCCGCAUGAAAGAGAAGACAUUCUGCUUCCCGCGAGCAUGAAAACUAUCAAGGACUUGCAUGUUUCUCCUCAUGAAAGAGUCAUACUCUUGGCUUCCUUAGGGAAGAAAUUGUCAGUUCUUAGUGCUGAAAACAACCAUGCUGUUCUGACAUACGACUUACCGACUGUUCCUUGGUCAUGUUCGUGGGAUCCCAACAAUUCGCAUUACAUGUAUGCCGGAUUACAGAAUGGUAUGGUUUUGCAGUUUGAUGGACGUCAAACUGCGAGGCCAGUGGAAUGUAUGACUGGGUUGACAGGCAAUCCUGUUCAUACUGUGUGCUCUCUUUCAGCUGAUCCUACAGUUGGCGCCGGCGUCAGAAGUGUUCUUUCUGCAUCUUCAGUAGGCUUGUGCCACUGGAACUUUGGUAGCAGUGAAGAAAGGCCGUGCUUGGUUCCUGAAUCAGAGAAUCAAGGAAUCUGUAUAUCUCUCGCUUGUGGAGAUAGAAAUGAUGACAUAGUUGCCUCUUUCCGUCCUAAACUGGAGAUCAUUGGCGACAUGGCUGCUUCUCAAGUACCGCUUACUCCUCCAGUAAUGGAGCAAGCCGUAGAGGGUUCUCAUGUUCUUUAUAGGAGAGUGGGUAGCAGAUACCAGAAGUUAGGAGCUUCUUGUGCCAAAGUGAGUGGCAUUCGACUUCCAAAAUCUGCUAUAAUAGAUAGAGGGAAUCAGAACCCCUUGUUUGCUUCUGGUGAUGAAGCAACAAUGGAACUGGUGUUACAAGAAUUGCCAUCUUUAAAUGUGGCUCAGCGUGUUAAAUCCCUCAAUGGUCCUAUUCGUGAUGUGAGGUAUACACGACUCCUAAAUACAGGGUUGCUUGGUUGUUUGAGUGACGAUAACUUGCAGAUUUGCUCAACCAAGCUUCAAUGAAGUAAGGUGGCUUCAGAUGACUUCUUAAAUCACUGGUAUGUUAUAUUCUUCAUUCAUGCGACUUGGACUUUUCAACGAUGUAGUAUAGCAUCUUUGAUUGUAGAAAUAGGUAGGAGCGAAGAAGUAGCAUCCUUUUUGUAGCUUUGGGAUCCAGCUGAGAGUUGGGGUCAGAGAGCUUAGGCAGGUUGUAGAAAUGGUUAUUUAAUAAAGAGUUUAAGUUUUAUGCACCAACAAAUGUAUAUGUUACUUACCAUCAAGUAAAAUUGACUUGCAACAACAGAUAAACCUUCUUAUCAAGUUUGAUAUAGUAUAAAGAACUUGUUAUAACUUAUAACCAGUUUAAUUGGAUUGAUAAGUGUGAAAGUUUUA